AUGUGGAACCACACUUCUGUAAGUGACUUUCUCCUGAUGGGAAUCCCUCACAUCACCGGGAUGGAAAAUGUGCUCUUUGUCCUCUUUCUGGCCUUCUACCUGCUCACACUGCUGGGAAACCUGCUCAUUCUUCUGGCCAUCCUCACCUCCUCCAGCCUCCACACCCCCAUGUAUUUCUUCCUGGGAAACCUGUCAGUGCUUGACAUAUUUUUCCCUUCAGUGAGUUCUCCCAAAAUGAUGGUCUACCUAAUGGGGCAAAGCCACAGCAUCUCUUACCAGGGCUGUGCUUCCCAGCUCUUCUUCUACCACUUCCUGGGUUGCACCGAGUGCUUUCUGUACACCGUGAUGGCCUAUGACCGCUUUGCUGCCAUCUGUCACCCUCUGCAGUACAUGGUCAUCAUGAACCAUCGUGUGUGUGUCCUCAUGACUCUGGGCACCUGGCUGGCGAGCUGCAUGCAUGCAUCUGUGCUCACAUUGCUCAUCUUCAGGUUACCCUACUGUGGCCCCAACAAGGUGCACAAUUUUUUCUGUGACAUCCCCGUUGUGCUGCCCCUAGCUUGUGCAGACACCUCUCUAGCACAGAUUGUGAGUUUCACUAAUGUGGGGGUGGUUGCUCUCAUGUGUUUUCUCCUUAUCCUCACUUCGUACACUCGAAUUACUCUCUCCAUAUUGAAAAUACGCUCCUCAGAAGGCAGGCGCAGAGCCUUCUCCACCUGCAGUGCCCACCUAACCUCCAUCCUGCUCUUCUAUGGCCCAGUGGUCCUCAUUUACCUGCGACCUGCCUCCAGCCCCUGGCUGGAUUCUGUGGUUCAGAUGCUGAAUAAUAUUGUGACCCCUUCCCUGAAUCCUUUGAUCUAUUCCUUGAGAAACAAGGAGGUAAAUUUGGCUCUGAGGAAGGCACUGAGCCAAGGGUUGCACAUUUGUUGGGGGUGA